ACUUCAUUAAAAUAUGCGAAUAACUUAUUUGACUUUACAAUACACUUAGAGCAAGUGGUAUUUUCCCGAUAGCUACUUGAACUUGCUAUAGAAAUGGAGUGAUAAAUAGUUGAUUUGCAUUUUAUUUUGUUUGUAACUUUUGUGUAUCAAAUCAACGCUGGAUUUUUAAAAAGAUAAAAAAAAAUGGGAAGCUGUUAUCUGACCUUUACGUUGUCCCCCGUGCUAUUGCUGACCGUUCUACUGCCGUUAGCUUCACUGAACGAGCCAGUCCCGCUGGUAAAUGAGUUUUCAAUUAUGGCGGAAACCGCCGAAAAUAAUGUAGCAAACACAUUGGUAAAAGACUCAAACAUCCAGAGGCCCAGUGAUGACAUCACGAGCACGAUGUUCACGAUCAGUGAGGAGGUAAACAAUUGUUACGAGGGGAAAUGUCACGCUUGCUUCAUGCUUUGGAUGUUUAAAGGCUGCAUAUAUCUUCAAAAGAACCCGGAUGGAAUCUCGGUGACCAUUGAGUUUGUUGGGAAGAGCAUUUUCUCCAAGAUCAUCCAGGAGGAAGGAAGGUUCGACAUCGACACUGCUCAACUUCCAGCUUUUGUUCGAGAUCGUAUAGAUGGGCGGAUUGCGCUAAAGGUGGAUGACGUGCUUACAGCCAACACACUCCUGUGUGCCCAGGUUGGCGCCGAAAUAAAAACAGUCGGAUGGGUCCGAUGGCCAUCGUCGGAAUUCCGCUGCUUCAAGGAUGCCAGGAUGUAGAUGAGAGAUGGUUGCACAUCAUGUUGUGUAAUAGUUGCUUGUAUACAAAAAAGCAAGAAAUAUGAUCAACGUUUCUAUGUGAACAUUAAAGUAGAGUGUUCUAACUUGUAUACGCUUUUAUGUCAUAUGCAAUUUAUAUUUUAUACAUAUUGAUAUAUUGAUCAUCAAUUAAUUAAUUAUUCAGACCUAAAUAAUGUGUACAAUUGGAAUGGUUGAUAUAAAACACUUGUAUUUGCAUCCGAUUAUUAUGCAGUUGUAAACAUUAUGUGCUUUCAUCUUAAUACAAUUUAUAAGAUUUAAA